AUGCGAUCGCACGAACUCAAGGCGGCACUGCGUGAUCGCUGCAUAAACUCACAGCCAGAGGGGUUCCUGGACGAUGUCCAUAUGAGCCCAUCUCGUUCUCCAUCCGAUGCCGCGUGCUCCGAGUGCAGUUCAGGCGUUUCGUUGGAGUCCAGCGGCCCCCAACCUACGGACCAGGGUUGCCACAGCCAGGCAGCAAAGACGCAGCUGAGGCCCGAUAAAGGCGGCGAAAGAAAGAAAAAAUGGGCACCGAGAGCUAGAACAGGAUGCGUAACAUGCCGAAAUCGCCGUGUCAAAUGCGACGAGACUCAGCCAUGCUGCAAGAGGUGCGCGCUAUCAAAUCGAGAAUGCCUUUGGGUGACGCCGCGGCAUCGAGGUAUCUCAUCACUUUCGCCUGCUCUACCGAGGCUGGGUACCGAUGUGACACAGCAGCCCACACUCUCUGUCAAUCCGAGUCAGAUACCACGGCGAGAUCACGAGGUGCAGCUCUUUCAUUACUUCCGCGCCGAGGUCGCGCCGCAGCUCACAGGCAUGUUCGACCACGAGUUCUGGACGAAUAAUCUGCUUCGAAACACGCAAUUGCAGCCCAUAUUGUGGUAUGCAUGCAAUGCCAUAGCUGCCACACAUUUGUUGGGCCGAACUGGGUGCGGCGAGACACAAUCGCAUCGAACUCCAGAUGCCCUGCCUUUGCAGCCUUACUACCAGUAUCAGGCUGCUCUCCAGAGCAUGAGAGAUCUUAUAUCUCUUCCUUUCGUCACGGAUACUACAAAAAUUGACAUGAUAGUGGCGAGUCAGCUCUUUAUCAUGCUGGCAACGCUCCGCGGGGAUAAUAUGGAGAUGAUGACGCACUACAAAAACACAUGUAUGCUGGUUGGCUUAUGGAAAACAUGGGCACAGACAAGGAUACACCGGCGGCUCGACAAACACAGCAUACAAGCGGCCGACUCUGUCGUCUAUACAUGCUUCAGAGCCGACAGCCUUUUUCUAUUUAUGCAGCCGCCAAGCUACAAGUACCAUUCGUACUGGGAGGGCUGCACACUUCGGCUACGGGAUGACCCAUUCGUCUCUCUCACGGAAGCAUACUUUGAACUGGAGCCUAUAUGGAACAAUAUCGUCAAAGUCGCUGUUCAUCCGGGCCCUGAGGGUCCAGAGUUUGUUAAGGAAGGCCAUGAGUUCAUACAGCACAUAUGUGAGCACUACAAAGAGCGCCUCUUGAAGUGGGACAGAAAGCUCGCCGACCUACGGUUGCGGUGCCGCGAGGUUGAGGACCGCCCUGCGCUCGACGUCCUCGAUCUCCGCGCAGCAACAAUAAAAGUAUUAUUAUACACGUGCACGCUCGAGGUGUCCAGCCUCUGCUGGGAUACAUGUGCAGCCGCUUUUGACAAGUUGCUUGACGAUGCCAAGCUCCUGAUUGAGCUGCGCUAUGCUUCGGCCGAACAAAAAGAGGCAGCAUCCGCGACGGCGGCCGUCGGUGGCACGCUGGGACUUACUAGUCGGGCCAUGACACUUUCGCCAAUGACAAAUGAGACUCUCUACCUCGUCGCGCGACUAUGUCGCGACCCAGCUAUUCGUCGUCGGGCGUGCGCGUUGCUUGCCCAUGACUACCAUCUGGCCCCCUCUAUGCAUACGUUGUUAUAUAUGCAUCUGGCCGACGCGCAGAUUUGUCUCGAGGAGAAUGAAUGGCAGAUAGAGGCGGCAGUCCGAGAAAGCACUUCAUCAUGCGCUUGUAGUCGUGAGCGUAGGUUUGUCUGCGAUGGCCAUCGUAUCUAUCAGACCGCGCUUGGGGAAAUGGCGACCACCGGUGCGGUACUGCACCUGCGGACCGUGGACGACUACAUUCACAAUCGCCACUGGAGGACAUUUCCAAUUCGGUUCAAUUUGCACGAGAAGAGCGUCGAUACCUUGGCACAUCUUUAA